UCUUCAACUUCUUAGACCCUUUUCUUGAUUUUCAAUUUUCAUUUUUCAUGCUUUAGGGCCAUUUCUUGAUUAAUUUUUAAAAUUGUCAUCAUGGAAGAUGCAAAAAAUGGUGUAGAUGAAGAUAGAGACAUAAAAUAUUUGAAAAUAGCAGUUGAAGAAGCAUACAAAGGCGUUGAAUGUGGAGACGGACGCCCCUUUGGCGCUGUUAUUGUUCUUGAUGAUCAAAUUGUUGUCAGCUGCCAUAAUAUGGUUUUCAGAAACAAAGACCCUACUGCUAAUGCUGAAAUUACUGCAAUUAGAGAGGCCUGCAAGAAGCUUGACCGAAUUGAACUCUCGGAUUGUGAACUUUACGCUUCCUGUGAGCCUUGUUCAAUGUGUUAUGGCGCUAUCGUUUUUUCAAAAAUUAAGAGGUUGGCUUACGGAUCCAAAGCUGAAGCAGCAAUAUCUACAGGAUUUAAUCCUUUCAUUGGUGAGGGUUUUAAAGGGAGUGGGAUUGAUCAGAACGGUCAUUUGGAGAUCAAGAAGAUUGACUCUAGUGAUGCUGUUUUUGCAGAACGAAUAUUCGAAGAAACCAAAGGAAAAUUUGCCUUCCAUGAGUUCCGUGUGAUGCUGUUAAAACAAGGAUGGUAUAUAAACUUCUCACAUUCGCAAAAAUAUUCAAUUUGACCAA